AUGGGGCUGCGGGGCGGCGACCCGGAGGGCGCGCGGGACGAUGGCUCCUCGCUGUCCGCCCUCAAGCGCCUGGAGCGCUCGCAGCGCACGGACCGCCUGGACGCGCUCUUCGGCUUCGAGCGGCCCGCCGAGCCCGGCGAGCGCACGGGCUGGCUCCUCAACAUGCACCCGACCGAGGUGCUGGACGAGGACCGGCGGCUGGUGAGCGCCGUGGACUACUACUUCAUCCAGGAGGACGGGAGCCGCUUCAAGGUGGCCCUGCCCUACAAGCCCUACUUCUACGUCGCCACCCAGAAGGGCUGUGAGCGAGAAGUGUCCUCCUUCCUCUCCAAGAAGUUCCAAGGAAAAAUUUCAAAGCUGGAGACCAUCCCCAAAGAGGACUUGGAUCUGCCCAAUCACUUGGUGGGGCUGAAGCGCAACUACAUUAAGCUGUCGUUCAACACGGUGGAUGACUUGGUGAAGGUGCGGAAAGAGAUCUCUCCUGCUGUGAGGAAGAACAGAGAGCGAGACCAGGCAAACGAUGUCUAYACAUCAAUGCUGUCGAGUGCUCUCGCCGGAGGCAGCCUGACCACAGAUGAUGAGGGACCCUCCAAAAAGGUUGCCAACCAAAUGGACAACAUUGUGGACAUGCGGGAGUAUGAUGUCCCUUACCAYAUUCGCCUGUCCAUUGACCUGAAGAUCCACGUGGCUCACUGGUACAACGUGCGGUACCGGGGCAGCAUCUACCCCCCUGAAAUCACCCGCCGAGAUGACCUUGUGGAGCGGCCGGAUCCUGUUGUUCUUGCCUUUGACAUUGAAACUACUAAACUGCCUUUGAAGUUUCCUGAUGCAGAGACAGACCAGAUCAUGAUGAUCUCCUACAUGAUUGAUGGGCAGGGCUACCUGAUCACAAACAGGGAGAUCGUCUCCGAGGAUAUUGAAGACUUUGAAUUUACUCCCAAGCCGGAGUAUGAGGGUCCAUUCUGUGUCUUUAACGAACCAGAUGAGGCUCAUUUAAUCCAGAGGUGGUUUGAACAUGUCCAGGAGACCAAACCUACCAUCAUUGUCACCUACAAUGGAGAYUUUUUUGACUGGCCUUUUGUGGAAGCCAGAGCAGCAGCUCAUGGCAUUAAUAUGUAUCAGGAGAUCGGAUUUCAGAAAGACAGUCAGGGGGAGUACAAAGCACCGCAGAGUAUCCACAUGGAUUGCCUGAGGUGGGUGAAGAGAGAUAGUUACCUCCCAGUGGGCAGUCACAACCUGAAAGCAGCAGCAAAAGCAAAGCUGGGGUAUGACCCAGUGGAGCUGGACCCUGAAGAGAUGUGCCGGAUGGCUACAGAGGAGCCUCAGACUCUGGCCACCUAUUCAGUGUCUGAUGCAGUUGCUACCUACUACAUGUAUAUGAAGUACGUGCACCCUUUCAUUUUUGCCUUGUGCACCAUCAUUCCCAUGGAGCCUGAUGAGGUGUUAAGAAAAGGUUCUGGGACCCUGUGUGAGGCACUGCUGAUGGUUCAGGCCUAUCACGCCAACAUCAUCUUCCCCAACAAGCAGGAGCAGGAGUUCAACAAACUUACAGAUGACGGCCACGUGCUGGACUCGGARACAUACGUAGGAGGCCACGUAGAAGCUCUGGAAUCGGGGGUUUUUCGCAGUGACAUCCCCUGCCGCUUCAAAAUGAAUCCUGCUGCCUUUGACUUCCUGGUGCAGCACGUGGAGAAGACGCUCCGGCACGCCAUCGAAGAGGAAGAACGUUUGCCACUGGAUCAAGUCACCAACUUCCAGGAGGUUUGUGAUGAGAUCAAAAAGAAGCUGAAUUCUUUGAAGGAUGUUCCUAACCGAAUCGAGUGUCCGCUUAUCUACCAUUUAGAUGUGGGGGCCAUGUACCCCAACAUCAUUCUGACCAACAGGUUGCAGCCCUCAGCGAUGGUGGAUGAGGCCACAUGUGCUGCCUGCGACUUCAACAAGCCAGGUGCCAAUUGUCAGCGCCGGAUGACUUGGCAGUGGAGAGGAGAAUUCAUGCCUGCCAGCCGCAGUGAGUAUCACCGCAUCCAGCAGCAACUGGAGUCUGAGAAGUUUCCUCCCCUGUAUCCGGAUGGAGCACCCCGGGCAUUCCACGAGCUUUCCCGUGAAGAGCAGGCCAAAUAUGAGAAGAAGCGACUGGCAGACUAUUGCCGCAAGGCUUACAAGAAGAUCCAUGUCACCAAGGUGGAGGAGCGUGUCACCACCAUCUGCCAGCGCGAGAACUCCUUCUAUGUAGACACCGUGAGAGCUUUCAGAGACCGUCGCUAUGAGUUCAAGGGGCUGCAUAAGGUGUGGAAGAAGAAGCUGGCUGCAGCCGUGGAGACGGGAGAUGCCUCUGAAGUGAAGCGCUGCAAGAACAUGGAGAUCCUCUACGACUCYCUGCAGCUGGCACACAAGUGUAUCCUCAACUCUUUCUACGGCUACGUCAUGCGCAAAGGAGCUCGCUGGUACUCCAUGGAGAUGGCUGGGAUCGUCUGCUUCACUGGAGCCAAUAUCAUCACGCAGGCCAGGGAGCUCAUUGAGCAGAUCGGGAGACCUCUGGAACUGGAUACAGAUGGGAUUUGGUGUGUCCUUCCUAACAGCUUCCCAGAAAACUUUGUCAUCAAGUCAACCAACUCAAAGAAGCCCAAGGUGACAAUCUCCUAUCCAGGUGCCAUGCUGAACAUCCUCGUGAAGGAAGGCUUCACAAACGAUCAGUACCAGGAGCUGGAGGACCCAGCCUCUCUCACCUAUGUCACACGCUCGGAGAACAGCAUCUUCUUUGAAGUGGAUGGGCCCUAUCUGGCUAUGAUUCUCCCGGCUUCCAAGGAGGAGGGCAAGAAGCUGAAAAAAAGGUACGCAGUCUUCAACGAAGACGGGUCCUUGGCCGAACUGAAGGGGUUCGAGGUGAAGCGCCGCGGGGAGCUGCAGCUGGUGAAGAUAUUCCAGUCUUCUGUAUUUGAGGCCUUUCUGAAGGGCACCACCCUGGAGGAGGUCUAUGCCUCCGUAGCCAAGGUGGCUGAUUACUGGUUGGAUGUGCUGUACAGCAAGGCUGCCAACAUGCCUGAUUCAGAGCUGUUUGAGCUGAUCUCGGAGAACCGGUCCAUGUCUCGCAAGCUGGAGGACUAUGGGGAGCAGAAGUCCACGUCCAUCAGCACUGCCAAGCGCCUGGCAGAGUUCUUGGGGGACCAGAUGGUGAAGGACGCAGGGCUAAGCUGCCGGUUCAUCAUUUCUAAGAAACCCGAAGGGUCUCCAGUCACGGAGAGGGCCAUCCCGCUGGCCAUCUUCCAGGCGGAGCCCAGCGUGCGGAAGCACUACCUGCGGAAAUGGCUGAAGAGCCCCUCGCUGCAGGACUUCGGCAUCCGGGCGAUUCUGGACUGGGACUACUACAUUGAGAGACUGGGCAGCACCAUCCAGAAGAUCAUCACUAUUCCUGCAGCCCUGCAGCAGGUAAAGAACCCAGUCCCACGAGUCCGGCACCCCGACUGGCUGCACAAGAAGCUCCUGGAGAAGAAUGAUGUGUACAAGCAAAAGAAAAUCAACGAGCUCUUCACUUCAGAAGGCAAGAGACAGGUCCUUGCUAACCAGCCCCAACAGGGACCAUCCAGCUCGCAGGUUGGUGACAUAGAGGAUUUGGGGACUGCCAAGCGCCCUCAGCCGCUGGUCGCGGUCGCGCACAAGCGGAAGCGUGUCCCGGCGGCCGAGGAAAGCCAGCAGAUGUCCCAGUACCUGGAACUGUCCCAGUCCUGGCGAGAGAUCCUGGGCCCGCCUCCUGCUAUGGGCACUACUAAGGAAGAGCUGCUGGUUUGGCUGCGCUACCACAAGAAGAAGUGGGAGCUGCAGGCCCGGCAGCGGCAGGAGCGUCGGAAGAAGCGGCGCCUGGAGGACGGCGGGACRGUGACGUGCGGGGGUGUCAUCCGGGACACCCUCUCCAAAGGGCUGAGCAGCUACCUGCGCAGGACAGCACGCAGCAUCCUGGACUUGCCCUGGCAGAUCGUGCAGAUUGCUGAGACCAGCCAGCCUGGCCUGUUCAGGCUGUGGGCAGUGAUUGGAAGCGACCUGCACUGCAUCAAGCUGAACAUCCCAAGGGUGUUCUACGUCAAUCAGCGUAUUGCCAAAACAGAGGAGGGAGCCGUGUACAGGAAGGUGAACAGGAUCCUACCCCGCUCAAACUUAGUUUAYAAUCUCUACGAAUACUCGGUCCCCGAAGACAUGUACCAAGAGCACAUCAACGAGAUCAACGCCGACCUGGCUGCUCCAGACAUCGAGGGCGUGUACGAGACUCAGGUGCCGUUACUGUUCCGAGCACUGAUCCACCUGGGUUGCGUGUGCAUGGUGAGCAGGCACCUGGUGAGACACCUCACGGGGCGAGAGGCUGAGACUUUCGACAUUGAGCACCUGGAGAUGCGCUCGCUGGCUCAGUUCACUUACCUGGAGCCAGGAAGCAUCCGCCACAUCUACCUCUACCACAGCUCCCAGGGCAGCAGGGCGCUCUUCGGCCUCUUCAUCCCCUCUCAGCGCAAAGCUGCAGUGUUUGUGCUGGACACGGUGCGCAGCAAUCAGAUGCCAAACCUCACCAACAUGUACUCGUCGGAGCGCAGCGCUCUGCUGGAAAAGGUGGGCGAAGAGCUGCUGCCUCCAGACAAGCACACCUUUGAAGUGCGCGCCGAGACCGACCUCAAGACRGUCUACAGGGCCGUCCAGCGACUGCUGCUGGGCUACAAGGAUGAGCGCCGGGGCCCCACACUUAUCGCUGUGCAGUCCAACUGGGACCUGAAACGCCUGGCGAGCGGGAUUCCCAUCAUCGAGGAGUUCCCCUUGGUCCCUGUCCGCGUCAUAGACGACAUCAGCUUUUCGGUGCUGGACUGGCAGCGCCAUGCAGCCCGCCGCAUGAUCCGCCACUACCUCAACUUGGACACGUGCCUCUCUCAGGCUUUCGAGAUGAGCAGGUAUUACCACAUCCCCAUUGGGAAUCUCCCUGACGACAUUUCCACUUUUGGCUCGGACCUGUUUUUCUCCCGCCACCUCCGUCGCCACAACCAUUUGCUGUGGCUCUCGCCCACGGCCCGCCCCGACCUGGGCGGCAAGGAGGCUGAUGACAACCGUCUAGUCAUGGAGUUUGAUGAGAGAGCCUCUGUGGAGAUAAACAACCCUGGCUGCUACUCCACAGUGUGUCUGGAGCUGGAUAUCCAGAGCCUGGCUGUAAACACAGUGCUGCAGUCCCAUCACAUCAAUGACAUGGAAGGAGGUUCCAGCGUGAGCAUCAGUUUUGAUGUGAUCCAGCAAGCCUCUCUAGAAGACAUGGUGACAGGGAACCAAGCUGCCAACAUCCCUGCCAGCUAUGACGAGACUGCCCUCUGCUCUAACACCUUCAGGAUUCUGAAGAGCAUGGUGGUGAGCUGGGUGAAGGAGAUCACGCAGUAUCACAACGUCUAUGCAGAUAACCAGGUGAUUCAUUUCUACCGCUGGCUCCGCUCUCCUUCCUCACUGCUCUACGACCCAGCAUUGCACCGCACUCUACACAACAUGAUGAAGAAACUUUUCCUGCAGUUAGUGGCUGAGUUCAAGCGUCUUGGCUCUUCGGUGGUUUAUGCCAACUUCAACCGGAUUAUCCUGUGCACCAAGAAGCGGCGAAUUGAGGACGCUAUCAGCUACAUGGAGUACAUCAUCAACAGCAUCCACUCAAAGGAGAUCUUUCACUCUCUGACUAUUUCCUUCUCCCGCUGCUGGGAGUUCCUGCUCUGGAUGGAUCCAGCCAAUUAUGGAGGUAUCAAGGGAAAAGUGUGUUCUAGCAUCCACUAUGGGGAGAAGGACACCAGCAAGAGCCAAGUAUUGGAUGAUGACAGUGAAGAAGAAGAAGAGGAGAACAGGGAGGAAGAAGAGGAGAAUGGAGAGGCAAAUGUGGAGGACCUACUGGAGAAUAACUGGAAUAUUGUGCAGUUCCUCCCCGAGGCUGCCUCCUGCCAGAACUACUUCCUCAUGAUCGUGUCGGCCUACAUCGUGGCCGUGUACCACAGCAUGAAGGAGGAGCUGCGGCGCAACGCCCCCGGGAGCACCCCCGUCAAGAGGAGGACCACCAGCCAGGUCUCCCAGGAGCCCGUGGGGGAGACAGGGGCCAUGCCUGGUAUGAUCACUUUCUCACAGGAUUAUGUGGCCAACGAGCUCACCCAGAGCUUCUUCACCAUCACCCAGAAGAUCCAGAAGAAGAUGGCUGGUUCCCGUAAUGCUACUGAGCCUUCAGACAUGUUCCCAGUGCUGCCUGGCUCCUAUUUGCCACUCAAUAACCCAGCCCUAGAAUUCAUCAAAUAUGUCUGCAAGGUGUUGUCCCUGGAUGCCAAUGUAACGAACCAGGUGAACAAGCUGCGCAGGGACCUGCUGCGCCUCAUCGAGGUGGGCGAGUUCUCAGAAGAAGCCCAGUUCCGGGACCCUUGCCGCUCCUACGUGCUCCCUGAAGUCAUCUGCAGGAACUGCAAUUUUUGCAGGGACUUGGACCUGUGCAAGGACCCUGCCCUCUCCCAGGACGGCUCAGUGCUGCCGGGCUGGGUGUGCUCCAACUGCCAGGCACAGUAUGACUCKGAUUCCAUCGAAAUGGCACUGGUGGAAGCACUACAGAAGAAGCUGAUGGCCUUCAUGCUGCAGGACCUGGUGUGCAAGAAGUGUCACGGUGUGAAGGAAACGCACAUGCCUGUGUACUGCAGCUGCGCUGGAGACUUUGCCCUCACCAUUUCCUCCCAGAUCUUCAUGGAGCACAUCAACGUCUUCAAGAACAUCGCUCGGCACUACAGCAUGGCCUAUCUGCUGGAAACCAUCGAGUGGCUGCUGCGUUCGAACCCCCAGCUCCAGCGCUAAGGCGAGAACGUGUCCUCUCGACCACCGUUAUUGCAGCCUCAGCUCUGGGCAUCCAUCUGACCUCUCUUGAGAAGCGUUUGAGAACCAGGCUCUGCUGUGCUCUGAGAGGGACCUCAGUGAAGCCAGACACCCUUCUCCUACUGUGAGACUGUGUCCCCCCUGUACUGGGCACACCAAGAGGAACUGGGACCCCUAGGAGUUGCUGGAGCUGUUCUGCUCCCAGCCUCGUACUGUGCUGGGGGAGCUAGGAAGGCACCUAGGAGCUGGAACUGCUCUUUGGGGAUCAUUUGCCAGAGCCCUUGAGGAGCCCAGUUUGGACUGGGAAUGUGGGCUGUCGGCAGCACCCUGAGUGCGUAGAUCUCUAUGUUUUUAGGCUAGAUCCC